CAUUGAUUCAAGGAUGGUCAUAUUACGGAGAGCGUCGUUCACAACGUCCGAUGAACGUGCACACAUCUGCAUCGUGCCUUCUUCUCGAGUCUGCAGAGAUUAUCAUGCAUUCUGGCUCAAUGUUUUCGCCUAAAGUAUGGCAUCCCGAGCAACGCCUUUACGUUCAUUCUGGAAGUCUCGGCCUAUAAAAUACCUGCCUGCUACUACUAUGGCUUUACCUCAUUUCCUUCCACAAAUUCAUCAUGUUUGCUUCCCACUCCAUCAUGUUUGCGCUGCUCGGCUUCCUCGCUGGCGCCAACGCAUGUAUAGACUGCCCAGCAGCAAUAAAAAUCAACGGUAAUGUUGUGAAACUACAAGGGACCACCCCAUACGGCACGCUCACACAUUGCUUUUACCUCGACAACAAUACCGGAUUGUCAGCAUCAUGUACGUAUUACACUGCGAAUGGCCGCCUUGAAACCGGGGCGUCGACUUGUCCACGUACAGUAACUGUGAAGGAUCGCGCCUGCCGGCCGUGAUGCGAAGAGGUUGGGGAGACGAGACACCCAACAGGAGGAGCAGUGUUUGUCUGCAGACAGCCGGGUGUAUGCCAGUGCUUAGAUCACCAUCUGUUACGAGAAUUGCCAAAUAGUCGCGUC